AUGCCGGGUCUUGCAACUACGGAGGCAAACACAUCAGCAUCUGCAUCUGCAUCCCAUGUGGUUUCUUUCGAUAUCUGCGAAACUUACGCUUCAUUCCUAAAAAAUGAGGAGCUAUCGCCUCCCCUGGCUGCGAUUCUCUCCCUGAGCAAACUAAUCGAGACAUCCGAUGCCGGGACCAUGCUUGAGCUAGUGAAAGCUCUAAAUGACGGUGCAGAAGCUUUGAAGGCCUCGACUUCUAAUCCAAUCAGUUUGAACGCUGGGUGCGAAUUGUUCAUCGCGUUUGUCACAUUGCUCCCGCAUGAUUCGGCAAGCUUCUCCGAUCUUAAACUAGAGUUCGUCAGACAAGGCCAAAAAUAUGCUGCUGAGGCUCUCACUUAUCGCGAUAAAAUUGCGAGCCUUGCGCUCGGUUUCAUCAAAGAUGACUCGGUGAUCCUGACUCAUUCCUAUUCGAGAGUCGUGAUGAAAACCCUGCUCCGUGCCCACGAGAGAAAGAGAAUAUCGGUCUACGUGACCGAAGCACGGCCUCGAGGCUUAGGCUUGCGAACAUACGAAGAACUUACUGCCGCCGGUAUACCCUGCACGGUAGUAUUAGAUUCGGCAGUCUCAUAUGUCAUGGACAAGGUAGACUUCGUUCUAGUGGGAUCAGAAGCUGUCGUAGAAAGUGGCGGCCUGAUAAAUGCCGUCGGUAGUAACCAGAUCGCAAUCAUUGCACAAGCCGCGAAUAUCCCAUUUUAUGCCCUCGCUGAGAGUUACAAAUUCCAUCGUCUAUUCCCACUAUCACAGUAUGACCUGCCAACGCACACAUCCAAUAUCUUGUCUUUCCCGUUGUCCUCGGGAGGUAGUAUUGGGUUCCCUUCUACCGUGGGCGCGAUCAAAUCAACAAAUGAACAGUCCAGUAAUACCGACUAUAUACGACGAAUGACGCACGAACAAAUUGCGUGCAACCCUGGAGUGGACUAUACCAGGCCGGACCUGAUUACACUGGUAUUCUCCGACGUUGGCAGCUUGACUCCUGAAGGGGUCAGCCAAUAUGUUGUGGGGAUGUUUGCAGGAUAA